CUUUGUAGUUUCCACUAGAACUAGGCCUCUACAACUAAGGAGAUGAAAAGUUCUAAACUCCUUGACUAGAACCAAAAGCUGACGCAACAGACUAGCUCUAUGCAUAGAGUUAUGGAUCUAUGUAGGUCGGGUGUCGGCAGAAGCAAAAGUCACAUGUCACAAACGUUUCGCGAAACAACUGUCGUGAAGUCACAAAGCGCUAUUUAUAGUUGCCAAUAGGAAACCUCUUUCACUGGGUGGAGAUCUACUGGAGAUUUUGUCUCCGGUAUGUAAUAGGCCUAGGGCCUAGAGGAGUCGACGCACUUGAACCAUGGCGUUCUUUACUAACAACUUGAACCUAUGCUUGAACAAGGAAGCAGAAUCUUUGGUUAUAAUGUUUAUAAAUAGGCUUUUUACCAAGGACCGUACAGCAAACCUCGUGGAUUUAAUCUUAGCCCUGUACCGACAGAUAUGAGGCUAGCCAUCGUUCACAGCGAGGGGAGAGUAGAGAGGCCCCCAACCACGAAUCUCUCGCGGAAAACAUUGACGCAAGUGGUCUAUCUUAUCGGUGCUGGAAGAGAUAGUGUAACAAUCCGUGGGGGGUAUCUGACAAUCUGACAAUCUGACAAUCUGACCCUACUUAAUUGUUGCUUCUCUUCAAUCCGCGGAUAUUCCUGCCCGUGUUGUAGAUGUAUCCUGAGAGAAAACAUCAAAAUCUGUCCUUGGUGCUUCACUGGAGUCCAAAUAGAAAGUUUCGAUGAAUCUUUUGACGUAAUCAAAAGUAUCGUGCGAGAAUAACUUUGGAAAAACCCGGUUGUCAGCCGGCAAGCAAAGCGAGAGAGAGAGAGAACAUUAUGGCGGCGUUCGGCCUUGACUUUGGUGACCUAGUUCCCAGCGAGGACUGGGAGCUCAAUGUCCUCCUGCUGGAGAUUGCUAAAGGGCUGAGCGAGGAGGAGUUCUGCAAGAUCAAAUUUCUCUGCUCAG